AUGGCGCAUCCCACACUCAAGGCGGCGGUUCUCGUCGUCUCCACGACGGCUGCCCUGGAUCCGUCGACGGACGCGGCAGACGCCACCCUGCGAGGCGUCUUCGACCAGGAUGGCGCCGGGCAGUGGAACGUCGUCGAGUCUAGGAUCGUGACCGACUCGGUGUCGGACAUCCAGCGCAACAUUAUGCAGUGGGCCGAUGCUGCAGACCCGCCAAACCUCAUCCUAACCACAGGGGGUACCGGGUUCGCCGUCCACGAUCACACGCCAGAGGCCGUCUCGGCCGUGUUACACAAGCAAGCCCCUGGGCUAGUUCAUGGGAUGCUUGCCUCCUCCCUGCUGGUAACGCCGUUUGCCAUGAUGUCGAGGCCCGUGGCGGGCGUGCGCAACAAGACAAUCAUCAUAACGCUGCCUGGCUCACCCAAGGGGGCAAAGGAGAACCUCCAGGCCGUGUUGAAGCUGCUGCCCCAUGCCUGCGCCCAAGCCGCAGGCGCCAACUCGCGGGCUCUCCACUCAGGAGGGGUGAAGAAGCUGGAAAAGGAGGCCGGGGUAGCCGGCACGGCCGCUUCUUCAGACGCCCCGCAGGGCCAACACCGCGGUCACGACCAUUCGCAUGGGCACUCCCACGGUUGCGGCCGCGACCACGGCCACGGCGACCUUGUGAGGCACACCGCGCCGGGGUCAUCCGGUACCAUAUCCAACGACCCCAGCCUGGGGCCAACCCGCCGCCACCGCGAGUCCCCCUACCCCAUGCUAUCCGUCGACGACGCGCUCGCCCUGAUCCACCAGCACACGCCCCCGCCCACGGUCGAGACGGCCAAGGUGGACAGGGACCUGGUGGGCGCCGUGCUGGCCGAGGACGUCCGGGCCCCCGAGGACGUGCCCGCCUUCCGCGCGAGCAUCGUCGACGGCUACGCCGUCGUGGUGCCCGAGGGCGGCGACAUGCGCGGCGUCUUCCCCGUCGCGUCCGUCUCCCACGCCGCGCCCGGAGAGGAGGCGGCGCCGCCCCUGAAGGAAGGCGAGAUCGCGCGCAUCACCACGGGCGCCCCGCUGCCGCCCGGCGCCACCUCGGUCAUCAUGGUCGAGGACACGGUGCUCCGGGCGCAGACGGACGACGGGCUGGAGGAGAAAGAGGUGGAGAUCCUGGCGCAGGGCGUGAGGGAGGGGGAGAACGUCAGGGAGGUCGGCAGCGACAUCAGCAAGGGCACCGUCGUCCUGGCCGCGGGGGAGCAGAUCUCGGCCGUGGGGGGCGAGCUGGGGUCCCUCGCGGCCGUCGGCGUCGGCGAGGUCAAGGUGUACCGGCGGCCCACCGUCGCCGUGCUCUCGACGGGCGACGAGGUCGUCGAGCACGACCGCCCCGGCGCGCUGCGCCUGGGCGAGGUGCGCGACACCAACCGCCUAACCCUGAUCUCGGCCGCGCGCCAGUGCGGCUACGCCGUCGCCGACCUGGGCAUCGCGUCCGACAAGCAGGGCGCGCUGGAAGAGAGGCUCCGGCUCGCCCUGAGCCGCGCCGACUUCGUCAUCACCACCGGCGGCGUCUCCAUGGGCGAGCUGGACCUGCUCAAGCCCACCAUCGAGCGCUCGCUGGGCGGCACCAUCCACUUCGGCCGCGUGUCCAUGAAGCCCGGGAAGCCCACGACCUUCGCCACGGUGCCUGUCAAGGACGAGGCGCUGGGCGUCCGCGCCCCGCGCGUCGUCUUCUCGCUGCCCGGGAACCCGGCCUCCGCCCUCGUCACCUUCCACCUCUUCGUCCUGCCGUCGCUGCACCGCUGGUCGGGCGUCCGGCCGGCCGGCCUACCCAAGGUAGUCGUCACGCUCUCCCACGAGUUCUUCCUGGACAGGACCCGCCCAGAGUACCACCGCGCCCUGGUUACCGUCGGCAAGGACGGUUGCCUCGUCGCCAGCAGCACUGGGGGCCAGAGAAGCUCCAAGGUCGGGAGUCUCAGAGGCGCAAACGCUCUCGUCUGCCUGCCAAAGGGUUCGGAGCCGCUGCAGAAGGGGGCCAAAGCUGAAGCCCUGUUAAUGAGCCCCGUCCGUCCCGAGGUCUGA